AUGGCUCGACUGCCAGGUCGUCUUAUCGCCGUCUGCGCCUUGUUCGCUGCUUGGACCUCGGCUGUACCCCUCGUUAUCGUCGAGGGUAACAACAACUUGAACUUGCAGCAGCAGCAGGCUAUUUUGAACGAGGAUAGUGAUCCGUUGAAGGAUUAUGUCUCGGAUGUUGCCAACGACAAGGAGCUAUCAUCACCACCACCACCGUCAUCGGACUCUGUCAAAAUCCCCUCGUCUCUCUCGUCACUCUUGCGGUCUAGCUUGCACCAUAUCGUCGAUGAAUCACCAUCCAUCAACACCGUGAUCAAUCUCUUCCACGAAGAAGAAGAAGAUGAUGAUGAAGACCGAGAAGAAAACACGCUAAUCCGACGCCCCUCCUGGUUUACAUCCACGCUCAUGGCCCGCCGGCUGUUGGCAUUGUCCUCUAUCGGCGUCGCUUCAUCCGUCUACCAAACCCCGUCGCGUCGUGGACCGGCCGGUCUCGAGGGUGUUUCUGUCAGUCUGCCCGAGUACAUCGCCGACUGUGCCUCAUCAACACUAGAAGAAACGGAGAUAGGAAAUGGGAAUCCCGUGUUGCUAGGUCUAUACGUCUCGACAACGUUCCAGAAUGCCGCGUCCGGCUCAAAUGUCAGUUUGUCGAUUGACUGGUGGGACCAUAUCGACCGCACAGAGCCGUUGUAUCCUGGCUUUCCGUUGAGUGCGGCGGGUUUACCGCGUGUUUCUUUGCUUGGAUAUAUCGAGCGCAUUCCUUUUUCCUCCUCCUCUGUGCGCAAAGCCCUAGAAGAAUGCUUCACCGCCGCACACCCCGAUGCUCAGGUCUGGCUCCCGGGCAAUACCGACAGUCCGCACUCGGGCUUCUGGGCGCGCCUGGUGGUCACGCAGGCAUACUGGAUCGGCGGCUUCGGUGAUACGCAGCAGAUUGGCUGGAUCAAUAUGACCGAAUGGCGCGAGAUUGGGCGCGAGAGCAGUCCGCCGGGGAUUGGCGAUGGGCGCGGGUGGGAGGAUGUGAGAUUGCCGGGGGAGGGCCAUCAAUAA